AUGCUCAUCCACUCUAUCUCAACUAUAUCUAUUCACAAGGUUAGCCAGAACAAGUCAGAAGAGCAGCAGAAUCUCAGUGAGGGCACUAAUCCCUCUGACAGUUAUGAUGAGGGUAGCAGAAGCACCCGAAGCAACCUGCCUAAGGCUGCUACUAGGCAGAGGAGGAAGAGAAAUUCAGAUUCUGAAGAUGAGGAAUAUGUUGCUGUUGAGGAGGAAGUCACCUCCAAGAAGAAAGUGCUGAAAAAUGAAUAUGCUGCUGCUGCAAGCAAGCCUGGGUUGCACAAGAAAGCUCCUACCAAGAGAGUGCCAAUGUCAAAAGCCAGAGCAUCAACUCAGGAGGAAGCUCAGCCGGCAAAGGAGGCUGGUGAAGGCAAGGAGAGGAAGGAAAGGGUCAAGAAGACCAUGGCUAGAGUCAUUGGAAAGCCAUCUAUGAUGAUGCAAUCUGAUGAGGAAGAGGAUGAAGAAGAAGUUGCUGCCCCAGCUCCUAAAGCACAGAAGUUGAUGGGGGAUGCCAUCAAGUCAGGGGCUACUCCAUCAAAGCCAAAGACUGCCCCCAAGGUUGCUUCUCAAGCCUCUAAGCCUACAGCACCAAAGAGAUCUACCAGGAACAUACCAGCUGCUGAGAAGAACAAGGCCCCAUUCUAUUCCACUGCUCACUUCUACCCAGAUGGAAAGAUUGUGUGGAUGACUGAAGGUACUAGGUACCAGAUGCUCAUAAAUUCUAAGAUGGGCACAAACACAUAUCUGUUGGACAGAGAGCACCUUCCCUUGAGGCCUGAUUUUGAGGAUAACAUUGUUGUGAUGGAUGCUUCACAUCCAACUUCUGUAGAGGCUCAAGAGAAGAGAGAGAAGGCACAGGCUAAAAAAGCUUCAAAGAUCCCAGACCCUUCUGCAGUCAAUCUCAAGACCAAGCAGGACCAACUCAGCUAUCUGCUUGAGGCCACUGUGAGAAUAGAGAAAGGACUAGCUACCCUGACUCGAAAUCAAGAGAGCCUUAAGAGGAUCUUUGAGACAAAGCUACAUGACUUGGAUGUCAAAGUGACUGAGAUUCAGACUUCAGUGGAGAAGAUACAAGAAGAGCUUGAGGAUAGGAGUGACUGGAUUACUACAUAUGCUUAUCAGAGGGUGCCUAGAAGACAGAGGUCUGCAGCAGUGCCAGUGACAGACACUAGGGCUACAACCCCAGCUCCUGCAGCCACAUCCUUAGCUCCCGGAGAUCAUGCUUAG